CCAUGAAAAUCGCAACAAACAAACGAACGCUAUCCGACGAGCCUUGACGGCCGUGCAAUCAGUGUGUAUACAAUAGAUCAUCUUGUGGAAGCUUCGCAAGUAAUGCGAAUACAUAUCUGAGGAUUCCCUCCUGUUUUCACAAGACAUAGAGGUGAACAUUGAGAUAAGUGUAAGUGCAUUUGACGGUCAGCAAAUUCACUGAUUUUCUCCGAAAAAGGAACUCUAACACAUUUCUGGAGUAUCGACUGAUAAUUCCAUGUAGAGAAACGUCUUCUACAAGGUUCUUCCCAUCACCAGUGUCUGCAUAGUGAAGUUGAAUUAAUAGUGACGAACUUUCGCCGGAAUGCGGAAACCAAGUAUUGCCACUAGAUGCUAGUGUGUACGAGGAGUGGUUGGUUCAGGGUAGAACGUAAGGGCAAAACGAGGCUCUCUGUUAGAGAAGGCGAACAGCUGCCGCCACGGCUUUCACCGAGAUGGUUGGACUUGCGGGCGGGGGAGGACAUCUAUAUCCCUCGCCCCCGAUGCAACCUAAUCCUGAGUUACGAGAAAUGACUGGGAUUGCUCCUAGUGCACCAACCAGUGCAGAUGCGUGCUUGAGUAUAGUGCACUCUCUUAUGUGCCAUCGACAAGGUGGUGAGAGUGAAGGUUUCAGUAAACGAGCUAUUGAGUCUUUGGUUAAGAAGCUUAAGGAAAAACGGGAUGAACUAGACAGUCUUAUAACAGCUAUUACAACAAAUGGUGCACAUCCCAGUAAAUGUGUGACGAUACAAAGAACACUUGAUGGUAGGCUACAAGUGGCAGGUCGCAAGGGUUUUCCUCACGUGAUAUAUGCACGAAUUUGGAGGUGGCCAGAUUUACAUAAAAACGAAUUAAAGCACGUUAAAUACUGCCAGUUUGCAUUUGAUUUAAAAUGCGACUCAGUAUGCGUCAAUCCGUAUCAUUACGAAAGAGUCGUAUCCCCAGGAAUAGACCCGUUCUUUACAGACCUCUCCGGAUUGACCCUGCAAUCAGGAGUCGGUGUAGGACCUGGUGGACGCCUAGUAAAGGAUGAAUACUCGGUCGGCGGCGGUGGAAGCGCAGCAACCGGUGGCGUCGGCGUCGGUGUAUCUACCGGAAUGGAAGUUGAUGGCGAAAUGAAUCAAACGAUUCAACACCACCCGCCACAACCACCACCAGCAUCAAAUAGUCAACAACAGACGCAACAAAACUUCAUUUCUGGUUUGGCGCCACCAAAUCCAGCUAGUGGUGAAGGUAUGUUUGGCGGGGGCGGGGGAGCACCAGUAGGCGGAGGCAGCGGGACCGCAGGAGGUGGUGGAGGCACUGGAAAUUCUCGCACCAAACUCGAAGAUAAUAGUUGCCCUCGGCAGACCUGGAUUCCCACGCCUCAUCACUCUUCGACACGUAAUAUCCAUCAUCCUGCUGUACAUCCAAUGAGUCACAAUGUAUCUGGACAGCAACAAUCAUUGAACACUACCGGCGGUAGUGGAAGUACACAAAUCUUAAGUCCUACUCAGGGCCAGACUACGGAAUCAUUUUACGGGACUGCUACCCCACCACAAGACCUCAAUCAACCACCUACGAGCGUUGACGCUCUAGCAGCUUCCUUAGGGGGUAGUCAGAGUUCGCCCGUAUCACCGGUUCACUUACAUCAUCAAAAUGGAUUUGCGGUCGCCACAGCAGCAAACCCUUACAACACUGGUGCGCCACAAUGGACCGGAGCCAAUACUCUUACCUACACACAGAGUAUGCAGCCUCCAGAUCAUCGACAUCUGCAUGCCACAUCGUAUUGGGGCGGCCAUGGUGGUGAGGUCGGAGGUAGCAUAGGAGGACUAUUGUCAACUCAACCAGCUCCAGAGUACUGGUGCUCCGUGGGCUACUUCGAGUUGGAUACUCAGGUAGGAGAAACGUUCAAAGUGAGUAGCGGUUGUCCUACUGUCACUAUCGAUGGAUACGUCGAUCCCAGCGGGGGCAACAGAUUUUGUCUUGGUGCGCUGAGCAACGUUCAUCGCACGGAACAGAGUGAACGAGCUCGACUUCACAUAGGAAAGGGCGUUGUUCUUGACCUCCGGGGCGAAGGAGAUGUUUGGCUAAGAUGUCAGAGCGAGCACAGUGUCUUUGUGCAGUCCUAUUACCUAGACAGAGAAGCGGGUCGUGCGCCUGGCGAUGCUGUUCACAAAAUUUAUCCUUCCGCUUAUAUAAAAGUCUUUGACCUACGGCAAUGUCAUAAGCAGAUGCGAGGCCAGGCAGCAACUGCUCAAGCAGCAGCUGCAGCUCAGGCUGCUGCCGUCGCGGGUCAUCUCACUCAUGGAGCACCUAUUACCAAAAGUCUAAGCGCUGCCGCUGGCAUCGGGGUCGAUGAUCUUCGUCGACUUUGCAUUUUGCGUUUGAGUUUCGUUAAAGGAUGGGGUCCUGACUAUCCAAGGCAAAGUAUAAAGGAGACGCCAUGUUGGAUCGAGGUACAUCUUCAUCGGGCGCUUCAACUCUUGGACGAGGUACUUCACACCAUGCCGAUAGACGGACCUCGGGCUAUUGAAUAAAUGGUCAUGGCCUUAAACUACCGACAACGUACAAAAAUUCGAGGUGUGAAGUGAGAAUGUUAUUUUACGUUUUCGUUGCGCGAAAUUACUUUUUAAGGACGACAGAGAGAAAGUACUGCAUGCGAAUGGAUUAUAGGGAGGUAGGAAGUCGUAUUGGGGAUAAAAAGAGUGUUUUAUUUUAUUAGCCAACAAGGGUUAAGAAGAGAGUUAAGUAAUGUUGGGCAAAGGUAAAAAUAUUCAGAGAACACGCACAAACACCUAGUGUUCACAGGUUUACAGAAAUGGUUAGUAGUCGAAUCCUCGUCAGGUACUUUAGCAGAUCUAGAAUAUAAAAAGAUACCCAGCCCCCAUUCUUUCGAGGUUAGCUUUGUAAGAUAGCUUACCAUAUAUAUAUUAUAUGUAUAAUAUAUAUAAUAAUAUUACUAUGAAUUUUGAGCUCAAUAUUUUUACCGAAAGAAACCAUCUGAGGAAACACUGAAUCGUGACAUGUGCACGUAAUAAGUACAGUGUGUCUCUUUUUUACCAAGGCAGCACAGAAAAGAGAAAAUAUCCUUCUGACAUUGAUCUAUCGGAUCCCGUUCUUGUGAUCGAUCACAAGUCAUCGGGGAACAUUAUAACAUAAUCUCUGAGCUGGAUUUUUUGGGAAAAAAGCUCUCACUGUAAUGUGUAGGAUAGUUUGCAACCAAAAAGUUAAAAAUAUUAGAUAUUUUCAGUUCGUGGUUGACAUUCUGAUAUUUCGUUUUCUUUUUUUUUUUGUUUUUUUUCCUUCUUUUCUAACGGACGUUGUAUUAUUAAUAUUAUUAGUAACGUUGUUGGAGGCGAGACCAGUAUGAAUAAGUAUAAGCUCUGCAGGAGAAACGGUAGAUCUGUUAUGUUCCUGAUGAAAAUCUAAGAAUGAUGAUACCGAUCUCAAUGAUCGACGAUUACGAAGCAAAAGGACUGAUCUCCUUUUUUUCAAAUGAUUUCCUCUAAUUUUCCUUUUUAUUUUAUUCGCAUAUAUGACCGCGUUCACGGCAACCGUCCCACCUCCAAGCAACUGAAUCAUUAUUGCUAUUAUUACGGUAGUACUUGUUGAAUAAUUAUAUUUACUAUUUACCAACCAUUUUAUUAUAUAUUCAUACAAGAUAUUCUUAUACUAUAUUUGAUAAAAUUAACGAGUAGAGAAAGUGUUGACCAAAUUUUCUAUCCAAUGCACACACGUACACACAAUAUACCAAGUGACAUACGGACGUAACAUACGCAUGUACACGCCACUCAUAAACAUUUUACACAAAACAUAUAUAUAUUAUAUAUAUAUAUAUAUAUAUAUAUAUAUAUAUAUAUACACAUAUAUAUAAUUAUGAUUUAUUAAAGAUGAGAAUCGUUUUAUCGCUUGUUUUUAUUGAUUGAUGCGCAUUGUAUUGUUCUGAAAUUUUGUGCUUUGUUGUAAUUAAGUAGAGAUUAUUUAGAUCUUUGUUUGUUUCUAUUUUUGUUUGCGAAUUAUCUUACGCAAUCGAUGUGGUGAUAACACGUGCGCCUAUAGUAUGUUAAGUACGCCUCAAUCUCUACGAGAAACAAAUAUCGAUCAAUCAUCGUGUCAUUGCCGAUUUAUACUUCCGUUUUACAUGUUUUAUUAUGAUUUGGAUAUGAUUAUAUGUACAUGAUUCAGGUACAUUAGGAACUAAUGAAUUCGAGUGGAUGAUGAUUUUGGUCAAUGAGUGUUUCCUCGUGGCACGAAAUUCUUAUUGCUAUUAACCCUUUCGUUACGGGGGCUGACUAUAGUCGACAUCUAUGCGACGACCUGUGACGACUCUCGUCACUAACAAUUAUAAUUUGAUAUAUAUACUCUUAAAAAGGUGUACGUACAAGAGAAUCCCAACGUGGCGUUGAAAGACGGAAGUGCGAACACCGAAGAUUACCGACGUGCAAUGUGCAAACUUUGCGGCGAGGUACCUCGUUCAGUGGCAGAGCGGAUUGGAGCGUGCUUCCGUAACGAAAGGGUUAAUUUUAUGCACUCAGACUAAUUGAGAUACUGAAGGAGAAAGCUUGCGAGUGGCACGAUAAAGAUUACCGAGUUUCCUGUUUUGUCGUAAUAUAGAGUGAAAAUGAAAAAUGUUUAAAAUAGCAAAAAGCCUUCCUUCCGGUACCAUUUGAUCCGAACAAGACGAGGGGUAUAUAGCUUUUGAGGAUGCUAAGAGGGCGAUUCUUUAUGAAAUGAUUUUUUACAAAAAGAAAAAAAGGUGGGCAAUGGAAAUAUAUUAUUAAUAAUAAUUAAGAAAUUGCCAUACCCGUCGUCGAGUUCGUAGUUAGAAACGUAUGUGCCAUCUUUUUCAUAUAUUAUACUAUACACAAAUGACAGAUUUAAGGUUUAGAAUUUUUUACGAAACUUAUAUUUUUAACGAGCGCAUGAAUCAUGGACGCGACACAUUUUUAAAUUGUGGUGCUCGAGAUGUAUGAGGUAUACAGCCUAUAGGUAAAAGUGAUAGGUUUAUAUCUUGUGAGCUAGAGACACUUUAGAAAUGUUUCAUGGAUGACUGAGAGAUGAUUGAUGAGAGAUUGAGUGAAGAACACUGAACAUUUUGUAUACCUGUGUAAGCCGAAUUAAGACAUUGUUAUAUGUGAGAUUGUGAUACAACAUUGGACUAAAAUUAUCAGAAGCAAAAACGACAACAGGAAAAAUUGUACAGUCAGUCCAAGGAUCCGCGUAGAACAGUGAUCCUUGCAUCUUCGGUUACCUAUAAGCGUUAAUUUUUUGUAAUUGUCCCAUAGAUUGCAGUUGUAACAAAGAUUUUUGCUUCUUUUAUAUAAAUGCACUAUCAUACUUUUUCCGACGUCAUAGACAAUUUGUUUCCUAAGGGUUUUACAUUGUAUCUGUACGAUAGAACUUUUCUUUCAUCGAGGCACAUCCAGUGCUCGCCCUUAACUUUAGAAAAAAUUAUUAAUCUGUCACCGUCAGAGCCUUCAAAGUAUUUCAAAUGAACAAGACGUAUUUCGAAACCGAUAUCAAAGUGCAAUAGUCCCAUCCCGCAUCUAAGAUACUAUAGCCGCUAGAUCUAAAGCUAAAGUUAAGUACCUAUGUAACUUAUGUUAACAUUUAAAAAGAGCUAAUGAUUAUUUAAUAAGCGAUAAGUUAGAAUAUAUAAACGUAGCUGAUGGUUUUCUCAAAGGGGAAAGAAUUUUUUUAAAUACUAUAGAAUUCAUGCGUGACCUUUGCUGUCUGAUUGUCCGAUAUUCUACCAUCGUACAAUUGUACCAAUUUUUCGAUUGAGCCAACUACCGAUCUACCUUUGCGUCAUUCUAAUCUAUGCGUAGCAGAGGCAGAGCCUUUAACUUCUUUUUGACUUUAUCCUUUCUUUUUUAGUUUUGCUUUUUUGCUCUCCUCACGGUGUGGGCGAGACUCUGUGUUCCUGUUCAUGUUUGAAUUUUCUAUUUUUUUUAAACAAUCUUCGAUCACGAGAUACUUUAUUCUUCUUCUUCACCUGCCAUAAGCGUUACGAUCUCUUAACAUACUAGCGCCUUAUUUUAUAUAGAUUUACAGAACGAUGAGGUUUCGCCGUAAACACUGUUCAAUUGCGAGAUUCAAAGACUUGUUUUAUUAUUCGUCUCUUUGUCGACUCUAGAAUAAUAUACAUGAAAUACCUACACGCGCACGUACAAUGAAUAAUAUCGUAAUAGGGUUAUGACAUUUACCAUUAUGCAUACCGAUUAACAAAUUAACUGUAAAGAUUAAUCGAUCGCAGUAUAUAGAGUUAUGUAUAUAUAUAUAUAUAUAUAUAUACAUAUAUGUAUACGCUAUAACGUUUUUUUAUCGGACACUGUUUCCACAUCCGCGUGUGGAUUGUUUUCAGAAAAAUAUAUUACAGGCUCCCUUCCUUUUCACUCGAGAGGUCGGCUCAAAAUUAUACCAAGCGAUACUUUAUUUUCGUUGCUCUUCACAUUUACUUUUUUGUUUCAUUAACUUUCUCUCUCUCUGUUCCUUCAUACUUUUACUAUUUAUCUCCUCUCAUCUCUUUCUGGAAAGAAAUCGUUUGUGUCUAAGCCAAAGAUAAUCUGACCAUGUUAUUGUAACAAUGCUGCAUUACGAUAUGUGUUACUCGAAUUGUAAGUCUGUACGAUUAUUCAUAGUAAUAAAUCGUGUCACGGAAAGCAGGACUGGAACAAUACUUUUUGUUAGCAUUGACAAAGUCGAGAAUUGGUUUGGUUAUUGUAGAAUUCAGCACAAAUAUCUUAUUCAGCGAAAUUCGGCUAAUCUAAAACUUAAGAAAAAUUUGUAUGGAAAUUGACUGUUAUCGGUUUUCUUGUGAAGAUACAUGAGAAAACUGGAUGAAAAUAAAGCACAGUAAUUUUAAAUGGAUUACGAAUGCAAAAUUCACGUGUGGUGAAUGAUACGGUAGAAUAUUGUGAUUAGAUUUAUAUGACUGGUUGUUUAGACGAUAUACGAACAAAGCGUCAAAGAGGAUAAGGAUAAUUGUUGUUAUCGGUAUCAGAGAAAGAAAUUAAUAGUCGCGGCCAUAAUGCACGCACGCUCAUAGAACUCGGGAAAUUGUGAAUAAAGGUUUCUUUAUUUUUUGUUAUUGUACAAUACAAACACAUCGCAUUAUGCAUUAUCAUUUUCAAUAAACAUACUCCAUUAAUGAAAAUGUGUUGGGUUGGCUAAUAUGACUUCCUUUGCACACUGGGUACUCAUGAUUGUUUUUAAGGAAAUUAUUUUGUAUAAACUUGUUGCUACUAAAUUACAAUCCCAUAUCACUGUU